UCGUCUUCCCAAUGGCUAUAGUUAUGAGCAGCAGAGACAUGAGUUAAAUUAAACCCUACGAUACGAUACAACACAACACACAUCAUCAUAAUCAAUCAUGUAUCAUCAUCAAAAUGGUUCUUUGGAGCGCAGAGCUCAAGCAUCAAAUGGAGACAUUGCUACUAACAACGUUGUUACUGUUAUUUCCAAUUCAAAUCCAAUAACAACAAGACUUCUUGGAAGCCCUAGAAGUGAUCACAUGCCUGAUAACUAUGAAGAUCUUCCUUUGGAUUUCAACCCUCUUGUCUUCACUUCUCUUGAGAGACAUCUUCCUCCUCAUGUUAUUAAUCUCUCUAAAGAUGUUAAAGCUCACUACAUGUCUAACAUUCUUCUCCGUUAUUUGCCUCACUCUGAACGCACUCGGAUGCAAAAGCAAAAGGAAUACAGGCAAAAGAUCAUAUUAAAUUACCCUCCGCUACAUAAGGAGAUAUAUACCAUGCAUAGUGAAAACUUUUUUACACCCUCAUUUCUCAGAGCUAUGAAAGCAAAUACAGCAGCGAGUUUUAGAAGUAUUAUGGCUGAACCCUCCAGAGGAAUUUAUACGUUUGAAAUGCUUCAACCACAUUUUUGUGAAAUGUUGGUAUCUGAGGUAGAUCAUUUUGAAAGAUGGGUCCAUGAGACCAAAUUCAGAAUCAUGCGACCUAAUACAAUGAAUCAAUAUGGUGCUGUUCUUGAUGAUUUUGGCCUGGAAAACAUGCUUGAUAAAUUGAUGAAUGAUUUCAUACGCCCUUUAGCUGGAGUUUUCUUUUCUGAAAUUGGUGGAUCCACAUUGGACUCUCAUCAUGGUUUUGUUGUUGAAUAUGGAACUAAUAGGGAUGUGGACCUUGGGUUCCAUGUGGAUGAUGCGGAAGUCACGUUAAAUAUUUGCUUGGGAACACAAUUUUCUGGUGGCGAACUGUUCUUCCGAGGUGUUCGAUGUGAUGAACAUGUGAAUACCGAGACCCAGACAGGGGAGAUAUUCGAUUAUUCCCAUGUUCCAGGACAUGCAGUCCUUCAUUCUGGUCGCCACCGUCAUGGUGCUAGACCUACAAUAUCCGGAAAUCGUAUCAAUUUAAUUCUCUGGUGUAGAAGUUCGGCGUUUAGAGAGAUCAAGAAAUAUCAGAGAGAAUUUCCUAACUGGUGUGGAGAAUGCAGACGCAAGAAGAAGGAGAGAGAGCGUGUAUCAAUCGCUGCUACCAAAGAGGAAUUACUAAAGAGGGAACUUAAAUCAGCCUCGUGAACUUGCGGCAGCACAUGCAAAUCUUACUUGGUACUGUAUAGUUGACUUGAUUCAUGAGUGUCAACUUGAGAUGUUGAAACUCCCCCUUGUCUUUGUGCCUUUUUCAUGUUCUUAGAUUCAGGACUAUUCUUAUUUCUUAGUGUAAUGAUAUGUUAUUUCAGUUUGUAUGUUUUUUAUA